AUGUCUGUGGCAUGUGUUUGCUACAGCGAGCCACUGUGCUUCCGGGUGUAUGGAGACACCGAGGAGCUUCCUAUGCAAUUUGCUGCUUAUGCUGCUCUUGAUGUUAUAGACGAACGCCUAUCUGCAGAGCAGCAGCCGGGGGCCCCUGGGGGCCCCUCUGGUGGUGAUAGUUAUAUAGGGUACAUUUGUCCAUCAUUAGGUACCCUAAAAGAUUAUUCUUUAUUUGGUUAUGCAGCACCAACAGGAAUUAAGAUUAUUGUUGCUCUUUUUAUUAAGGCAGCAACACAAGAACAAGAACUUAGAGCUGUAAGCAGCAGCAGCAGCAGCAGCAGCAGCAGCAGCAGCAGCAGCAGCAGCAACAGCAGUAGUAGUAGUAGUAGUAGCAAAGGAGCAGCAGCAAUAGAUGUAACAGCAGCAGCAGGAGACUAG